AUGGCGGACACUCCCAUCACCUGGCAUCCUCACACGAAGGAUGAUCCCCUUACUAGGUUGGGACAAGGCACAGAUACGGAUAUUUUAAUUAUUAACUCAACGAUGGUGACUCCACCAUCUCGACUUCGGAGGAAACAUCGAAGUAUGCUCAGCAAUCCCCGUAAUCCUGAGGCCGUAAAGGAGGUCCUCGUCAUGGCGUUUGUCGACAUGGGCAAGAUGCAGGAAUAUUUCCGCUCCAGCGGGUAUAAAUCGGUUGAUGCAUUGAGAAUACUUCCUGCGGAUGAUACCUGA